AUGCGACGUAGCGUCGGCCUCGUUGAAGCCCAAGACGUGUCCGAGGUGAUUCGCCCGACAACGCUCGUGGCCGCUGCUAGAGCCGGUAACGUUGACCUUGUCGCACGACUCUUGAACGCUGGCGCGGCCACCGAGACCGUGGACGACGCGGGCGUGACACCGCUGCUGGCGGCGACCAAGCGCGGUCAUCGCAGCAUCGUUCGCCUCUUGCUCGAGCAUGGCGCCAAUGUCACCGCAGCGUCGUCGACGGCACUGCACAUGGCCGUGCGCUUGGGGCAUGUCCCGCUCGCGCAGCUACUGCUCGACUACAACGCCCACGUGGACGCUCGACGCCCGCAUACACCUCUCUUGCUCGCCGUGGAGCGCCACCACGUGGAGAUGAUCAAGCUCCUCCUUCGCUACGGCGCCAACCCGACGCUUGUCUCGGAGGCCGGGUUUACCCCGCUUUUGCUGGCCGUGGCCCGCAACUUGCUUGAGAUGACCAAGGAGCUUUUGGAGGCGAACGCCGAUACGGAGCUGCCCAACCACAAUGGGUACUCGGCCGUCGCUGUCGCCGCCUACUACGGCCACUUGGAGGUCGUGCGCCUUCUUGUUGCCCACGGAGCGCUACUCGACCCGACCGACAAGGACGGCUCGACGAGUCUUUGGCGCGCAUGCUUGGAUGGCAGCACCGAGAUUGUGGACCUCCUGGUGCAGCGCGGCGCCGACAUCAACAUGGCCUCCUUUGACGGGAAUCGACCGCUCGUGACCGCGUCCGAGAAGGGCCAUUUGGACGUUGUCCGUCGUCUUCUCGAAGAUCGCAACCGCGUCGACAUCGAUGCGACCAACCAAGAAGGCAAGACGGCGCUGUAUCAAGCGAGUUGUUUCGGCCAUGUGGAGAUUUGCCGCGCGCUCUUGAAGGCGCACGCGACCGUCACCGUGGCCACGACGAAGGGCGUGACUCCGAUUGUGAUUGCGAUUGUCGUCCAGAACGCCGACGUUGUUGAGCUCUUGCUGCCCCACGUGCAUAUCAACGAGCCACUUCUCGGUUCAACGCUCUUGCACAUGGCGAUCCAGCGACGCAGCGUACGCAUCGUCGAGGUCCUUGUUGCCCACGGCGCCGACCUCGACGCACUCGACAAAGACGGCUACACGGCGCUGAGUGUCGCUGUCGAGCAAGGACAUCUUGGCGCCGUGGAGGCGCUUGUCCAGCACGGCGCGAGCCUCUCUGUCGUGACUGAGAUUGGUUUGACGCUACUGCAUCUGGCGAGUUUUUCAGGCUGGCGAGAUGUCGCCGCGUACCUCUUGGCGCGUGGCGCCAAUGCGUUGGCCACGGAUACGGCCGGCCGCACCCCACUGAUCGUCGCGUGUCAGUAUGGCCAUUCCGCGGUUGUCGCGUCCUUGAUGUCGACAAGCCGCCUCCACCGGACCACCGAGACGCUGGGCGGCACGACGGCAUUUGCAAUGGCGGUAGCGUACGGCCACAAGGAGAUUGCAGCGCGCAUGAUCCUCGAACACGACGUGGCCGUCCAGAUUGCACACGCUGCACUAUAA